GGAGAAGAAGUACAAAGUUCAUACAGGUUGUGAUUACAUAAAUAACUAAAUGACUCAUACUCUUAGAAACGGAAAUCAUUAUGAAACUACAUUAUUCACCCGAAGCUCACAAGCCUGCUGCCGGAGCGCCAUCUCCUCCUUGAUGAGCCCCAGAAUUCUUUGCGGUGCCUGAACGACUCCCUGAAAGAUGCGCCUAUUCCGCUCAUUCCAAAUGUUCCACGCCGUGUAGAUUAGUAUAGCUGCAACCCGGUUCCUUUUUGCUGCGUCAGGCAUUGCGAAUGCCCUGGCAGAACAAGAUUGAGUACAAAUUUCCAUGUUCACUAUUAUCUAGCGAGAGAGGAAGCUCAAUGCACUCCUUUUCCCCAAGUAACUGUGCUUUCCAUCCUGCACUUGAAGUGCGUGUGUUUGAGUUAUGUCCACAUUACCGGGGAGGAACUAUGUGGCUUUCUGUCCAAAUCUUUGGCCUUGGAGCAAUUGAACCUUUUUGAGUGCAGUGAUAUAGUUUGUUUGAAGAUACCUUCUGUGCUGUUACAGCUUAAUUUCCUACAGGUGCAAGAAUGUGUUAUGCUUGAGUUGAUUGAAAGCGAUGCGCCAAAUCUUUCUCUGUUCUGUUAUACAGGACACCCAAUCCAUCUCUCACUUGGAUAUCCGUUGAGACUGAGGCACAUACAGAUGAAUUCUGGUGAGUCUAACAUGCUAUAUUGCGCCAGUGCCAAGCUUCCGUCCGUUGCACCAAACUUGCAAACUCUUUUUCUGACAUCCCGUUAUGAGAUUGUCAAUACGCCCAUGGUGCUUGGAAAGUUCACACAUCUCAAGUACCUGGAGAUAGUGCUUCUCCAACCAAAUCAAUCACAAGACUAUGAUUUUUGUUCUCUAGCCUCUUUUCUUGAUGGUUCACCUUCUUUGGAAACCUUCAUCUUACGUGUAAGCCAUUAUCCUCUCGAAGCUAUCAACAGCAAAAUAAUAGUUACUGAUCCUAUGCAGAUAGAAUUUCUAGCUAUCAGGCAUGAUUCAAUUCUUGAAUAUCCUGAUUAUAGCUUGUUGCAUCCAAGGCGCCUUCCACAACAGAGACAUGACAACCUAAAAAAUGUGUUGAUCACAGGUUUUUGCUCUGCAAAGAGUAUGGUUGAGCUUACAAAUCAUAUUCUUGGGAAUGCUCCAGCCCUAGAGUACCUCACGUUAGACACCAGCCGUGGCCAUGAAAGAAUGAUAGGCAAGUCGAUCAUAUGCAAGCAUGUGUCUGAGGAGGUUCUCGUUGAAGUCCAAAGAGCUCGCUUGGCUAUCGCGCGGUACGUGGAGGGGAAUGUGCCCUCGACUGUUAACCUGAAGCUCAUUGAGCCCUGCAGCAAAUGCCUGUCCUAUCGGGUCUAGAUGUUUGUAAGUUGGUAAAAUCUACCUUGCUCAUUUAAUCCUCUGUUCUUUUGCUGGGAGUGACUACGUAUCACUCUAGUGAUUUUUUAUUUGAGUUUCAAUCGAUUUUUUAAACCAAUCCAAUCAUGCCACGUAUAGCAGAGGA